AAGCACGUGCCGUGCACGUAGACCACACCACUCUCUCUUCUCUCAUUAAAAACCACUCUCCAAAUUCCCCACAAUCAUCAUCCGGAUCAAGCGACAAUGGUUUUCCUCAAAUUGUUGUUCGGCAAGAAAAAGAAAGUAGUAGUACGAUCCCAAAGGCCGACGCUUAAGGGUGUUAUGACGGCUAUGUUAGCAACACAAGCCGCAAUAUUUCUCUUGUUGCUGGCCGGUCUAUCUCUAACCGGCACAGCCGUGGCAUUUGUCGCCACCAUGCCGCUGUUCCUCCUAUUCAGCCCGGUUCUCGUACCCGCGGGUAUUACCACCACUAUUAUUGCUUCGGGUUUAAUGGCCGGAGGUAGCUCCGGUGUGACGUUUCUCACCAUCAUCUUGUGGCUCUACAAGAAAUUGACGGGUAAAGAGCCGCCAAAAAUUCCAGGAUUGACACCGGCUGGUGGAGGAGCUGCAGCUGCCCCAGCAGCAGGUGGAGCUGCAGGAGGUGAAGCAGCAAAACCAGCAAAAAAACCAGCAGCUAAGCCAGCAGCUAAACCGGCAGCUAAACCAGCAGCUAAGCCGGCAGCUAAAUCGGGAAAAUAAGUCAAGGACAUAAACAAAGGAUGAUACUGGAAUUCCAUAAACUAAUUACAAUUUAUCCACUUUUUUGUUGCUUAAUAUUAAUUACGUGCUGAUGAAAUUAAAUUCUCAAAUAUCUUUUUAUUAAUGUAUGCUGUGCUACAGAAACAAUAACAAAUGUCUUCAUGAUGUUUAUUGUUUUAGUAGUAUUUUUUAA